AUGACGAUCGAUCAACUUCAAGUAGUAGCUCAGGGGUAUAACCUGCCUCUGUGCGAGGAUUCCAAAAAGUUGAUUGAUUCUAUCAUGACGUACCUGGAGCGAAAGCCUCAGGCGACGCAAGGGAUCAUCACGGGUUCCCCAAGUAAUGGGACAUUACCAGGACCAUCAUCGGCUAAGCAGCAGUCCUCUGGAGUAACUACCAUACAGACCUGGCAAGUCUCUUCGGACGUAGCGUCGUUGAUUGCUACAGUCGUUAAUCCUAUGCAUCAGGACAUUCUGGAAGGCCAGAAGCGACAGCAGGAGCUUUUGUCCAAGAUGCUCGAGUUACUCUCGAAUCACCAUGGCACUCUAGCUAACGAGUCAUCGGAGGGUCAACCGAUGCAACCUAUGCAAGAGGCGGUAUCGCCCGAUGGACGAGGAAUACCCCCGUCCUCUCAACGUACUACAUUAGGUACGAUAACGUCGGCUCACGCAGUCACGCUAUUGGCGACGCAGAUCCCCACAUUUGGAGGAUCGGAUUCCGAAAAUGUACAAUUAUGGGUACAAAGGGUGGAACAAGUGGCCCGCAUCCAUGAUGUUCAAUCAGAUGUUACCUUGCUCGCUGCAUCCAGCAGGUUAACUAAACUGGCGAAGAGAUGGUAUGACAUUGGUUCAGGAUCCAUGCUCGAAUCAUGGUCAGGCUUCAAGGAAGCGAUCUUGAAGAGAUUUACUCGCAAAAUCCUGUACCAUGUAGCCAUGCAGAAAAUUGAGGUUCGAAAAUGGAACAGCUUCAAGGAAACUUUCCUCGAAUAUGCAAUGGACAAACUGACAUUGAUGCACGAUCUCAACCUAUCUCCAUAUAGUAUCAUUCAUUUGCUGAUCAGUGGAAUCAACAGUCGGUCCCUACGAGAGACAGCGGCUGCACUCGACCUGAAAUCUGUCGACUCAUUCUUAGACUCGAUGCACAAAAUUACAUCGGUCACAUUAGAACCGGAAAAGCGGCUCACAACGGAUUCAAAGGCCGCAAAGGUAAAAAAGCCCACUUACAGAAGAGGUGGCAAACCAGCUCAUCCAGUAUCGACAUCUCAGAAGGACAAGCCGAACACGUGCGGGUUCUGCAGGAUCCCGGGACACACGUUCGAAAAUUGCUAUAAGCGACGACGUCAAGAACGGCUUCAGACGACAGCCAAGGCUUCGCCUACAACACCGUCCACCACGUCGUCGACAACCACCGUCUCCGCUGUCGAGACAGUGAGGGAUGACCAAACGAUAGCACACGUCCAGCCUAAAAAUGACGUCGAAUUAGAGGUUAAUCUGCACGUGUUAGCCGAAGAUAAUCUUGCCACGGAUCUUAUACUAGGCCGCGAUUUCCUAGAAAAACACGGCUUGACAGUAGUAUAUCGCCCGGUUGGAAAAACCGCUGACGGCGCUGUCGCGCCUCCGCGCGCGUUCCCAAAGUCAUUGCAACAGAUUCUCGCCUGUGCCGAGAUUAACGACAACUCAAAUCGAUAUAGCGAAAUUGUCACUCAUUUUAAUAAAGAGGUUACAGCUCAGCUGACUAGUUUAUUAAUGGAAAUCUAUAACAAGCACGUCGAUCGAAUUGACGACGAUUAUAAAGUCACGGUUAAAUUAAAGGAUGCGUCGGUUUUCGCGUACGCUCCGCGACGAUUCGCAUACCAGGAAAAAUUACAGAUACGAGAGAUCACCAAUGACCUCCUGGCAAGAGGCAUUAUUAAAAAGAGUAACUCGCUGUAUUGUGCACGCGUCGUACCGGUACGAAAGAAAGACGGCCGUAUGCGCCUAUGCGUGGAUUUACGUUCUCUUAAUCAACGCGUUAUUAAACAGAAGUAUCCUUUUCCGAUAACAGAAGACUGCAUAGCUCUUCUUGGAAAUAAGCGUGUUUUCACCCUUCUCGAUUUACGAGAUGGUUUCCACCAAAUCAAGGUCGAUGAGCAAAGCACGCAAUAUUUUUCAUUUGCUACGCCUGACGGGCAGUUCGAAUAUAACCGUCUUCCGUUUGGUUUUUGUGAAAGUCCUGCUGAAUUUCAAAAGAGGUUGAUAAAUAUUUUUCAACCGCUUAUCGAGGACAAUAGAGUAAUAAUAUACAUAGACGACAUAAUGAUCGCGACCGAGACGGUUGAGGCAAACUUAAAUAUUUUGAAACAUGGUUUGCUCACCUUGAAAGCGUACAGCUUCGAGCUCAAUCUAGAUAAAUGUAAAUUUCUUCGGCAUAAGGUCGAAUAUUUAGGAUAUACGAUUUCACACAACGCAAUCACGAUUAGUCCACGACACACCGAGGCGAUCGGGCAAUUUCCGCGCCCGCGUAGUGUUCUGAAAAUCCAGCGAUUCCUGGGACUGGCUAAUUAUUUCCGUAAAUUCAUCAGGGACUUCUCUAGUAAAACUAAACCGCUUAGAGAACUAUUACGUAAAUCAUCUGUUUUUGAUUUCUCCGAUAAUUGUAUUAACGCGUUCGAGUCGAUUAAAAGAGAGUUAAUUUCCUCCCCUGUCUUGGCUUUAUAUAAUCCGAGUGCGGAAACGCAACUGCACACGAUGCCAGUGUCAGAGGGCUGGGUGGAAUUUUACUACAAAAGCAGUCAUCCGGAGACUGGAAGCCGGUGGCAUAUUUCAGUCAGCCUACCAACGAGUCGGAGAAACGGUAUCACAGUUUCGAGCUAG